CUCACGGCUUACACCGCCAUAGCUCCGCACACUACUUGUAUCACGCACGCUGCUUUCUCCGACAGUCUAGUGCCAUGGAUUCCGCGUACGAUCAUAUACAGGAGGAAAGCUAUCCUCAGGAUCCUACCAGACAACAGGCUGGCGGAGACGGCACCCACCAGGAGACGGCUAACAACUUCAAUGCCGAGAUUCAAGAUGCCUACAAGGCGAUAUCAAGCAGUCCGUGGGCAGCGCGACUUGGAGGCUUCUUGGGCACUGUAAAGAAGCAGGGCGAGCAGUACUACGACAGUGCAAGCAAGCAAUAUGCCCCGCUAAGCAAGACUGCCACUGCCGGAGUCUCCAACCUCAUAACUCAUGCGCGCAAGCUAUCCGUGCAGGCCGGCGAUAUUGCAGGUCCAGCUGCCAAAUCUACAGACAAGGAUGCCUCCUUCACGACGGUGCAAGAAAAGGAAGACCUUGAAGCCCACCCAGACCGCCCCGAAUCGCUCCCAGCAGACAUUGUCAAGGAAGCCGAGGGCAUACUAUCACGUUUUAGAUCCGAAGCCACAAAACGGUUGAAAGACAUAGAAAAGGCAGAAGACGCAGCCGACGAAGCUCUCCUCAAAUUCGGCUCCAACCUCCGCAAUUUCCUCCGCGACGCCGUAACCAUUGCCCCUCCCGAAUCUGGCUCCGAAGCCCACAAGAAUGGAGAGGUACUUUUUGAAUCAAAGGAUAGCAGCGGUAAGAAAGUUGUGCACGCGACACGAUUCGAUGCGCAAUUACACGUUAUUCAUUCUACCUUGGACUCGUUCCUAAAAGACCCUACCAGCCCUCAAUGGGACGAGUGGAAGAGCAAUUUUGAUGUAGAGAAGAAGACGGACGCAAUCGCCAAGGAUCUAGAGAAGCAUGAGGAGCUGCGGAGUGCCAUGGAGAAAUGUGUGCCCGAGAAGGUGGAUUAUGCCAACUUCUGGGUCAGAUACUACUUCCUGCGACAUGUGAUUGAAAGCGAGGAGCAGCGGAGGCGGGAGAUGCUGAAAGCUUCAGCCCCCGCCGCCGACGAAGAAGUGGGCUGGGACGAAGAUUCCGAAGAAGAAGAAGACGACGACGACGCCUCAUCUUCCGCCUCGACCUCAAACCCUACCCCGCCCAACCCCACCUCCACCGAGAAGCCAAGCAACAAGUCCGCCACGAGUCUCGCCGCGUCGGUCAAGACGCUCAAGCCGUCGGAUGACAAGCCUGCUGGCGAGGAACUGCUCAAACCCGCGCAGCCGCGCCGAUCAAAUGACGAGAAGAGCGUAGCGGACAGCGAUGCGAGUUAUGAUCUCGUCAGUGGGGCUACAAGUAAGGCGCCGGGCAGUCCGCAGCAGGUACAGGUGAAGAAGAAGGGUGUUGCCGAGGAGAGUGAGGAGGAAGAUAGCGAUGAAGAAGAAAGCGACGAAGAGGAAAGUGAUGAGGAAGAGAGUGAGGAGGAGGAGGAUUGGGAGUAGGCAGGUUCUAGGAGAAUACGGAGAAUACGGAGCAUGUGAAUAUGUGUUCUUGGGAGGCGUACUGGCGUAAGUCUGGGACGAUCGAAAUGAUCGUGUCAUGGUAUGUUCAUAUGCUAUACGAAUUAUGUGAUGACAUCUAUUCUCUAUACAAGUUGGUGCGCCUUCGCUAUGCUAUUUUGGUGAUUGAUUCUAUGACUAAAUCAAGUGGUAUCUCAAACGC